CUUGCAUGUAAAUUGCUCUGCUCUGUUUGCUAUAACAAGGACAUCAGCCAUUCAGUGAUACAAUCUUUGAGUGUAGGGACGGUUGCAGCUUGUCGAAUCGAAAAAACUAUCUAAAAAAAGAAAUGAAUAAAGAAGUUCUUGAAGUAGUUCUGAAGAAGUUGGACAAGGAGUCGAAGAUCGCUUCUAUCAUAGAUCUCCAAUCGGUACCGGCAUUGCCCAAAGGAGAGAAUUAUACAUCGACCAUCUUGAGGAUAACUUUGAAAGUAGUUUUGGGCAAUGGAAGGCAAGCCAAGAAGUCCUUCAUCAUGAAGCAGAUGAUCACUGAAGGAGAAAGCGGAGAACUCAUAAAGCAGAUUAACGCAGCGAAGAUUGAAAGCCAGAUUUAUUCUGUAGUACACAAACAGAUGAGCUACCUAAUGGAAGAAUUCGAAGACACCGAUGAGUCGCUUUGGUGUAAAUUUAUUCACUAUGAUCCGCAAUCAUAUUCUAUCUUGCUGGAAGAUCUAAAGGCAAGUGGUUACAGUUUGGUUCCUAGACAGAAAGGCUUGGAUUUGGACCAUGCCAUCCUCGUUCUCAGAGGUUUAGGGAAGUACCACGGAAUGGCAAAGGUCGUCGAACAGAGAGGAACCAUCUCCAAAGAUGACUAUAAACCUUACAUGUUGUUCACUGACUUAAAACUUGUGAAAAGUUUUCUUUACGCAAGUAUUUCAAAUCUUUCCAAGAUUAUGAAGAAUAGCUGGGGUCCUGAGUGGGAAGACACAGCAAAUAAACUGAAGAUACCAUUCGAACCAUUUGCUGCAAAAUGGAUGAGUAUGGGAACGGUUUAUACUGAGACAAACUUUACAGUCCUCAACCAUGGCGAUUGCUGGUCAAACAAUAUGAUGUUCAAAUAUGACUUUCAGAAGCGACCAAUAGGAGUGAAAUUUUUGGACUACCAAAUACCCCAUUACAACACACCAUGCAUAGAUCUUACCUAUUUCAUUUAUCUUGGCAUCCAGCCUCCAGUUCGUAGAAGCAACUACGAACUCCUGCUGAAGACUUACCACGACUCCUUGGUCAGAAGUUUGGACAAGUUCGGUUUCACUGGUACCAAACCAACUCUUGAAGAAAUCACCGAUACAAUGAAGCGACUCGAAUUCUUCGGACUGGCGUUUUUCUCAAUAUUAUACCCAUCUCUCACCUGUACAUCGACAGAAGCAUUUGACAUCGAGAAGGUUCUGACGACUGAAGGAGAAGAAGGAUUCAACGAAGACGUUUUGAGAGAGCCUGGAAUGAUUGAAAAAUUGGGACCUGAUAUAAUUGAUUUUGUAGAGAGGCACAUUUCUGGUUUAAAUCAAAGUUGAACCAGUAGUUAUGUUUAUUUAUAAAUACGUAAAUUUUGAUACUCUAUUAUAUAUAAGAAAGGGAAAAUACAGUUUUUAGGUUGUUAAUCAAACAAUCAAUGGUAAGAAAAACGGUAUAUAAAAAGUAUACAAAAAAAAAGAAAAAAAAAAGGCCAACGUUUCGCCAAUCAUCAGGACAGAAGAGAAACUGAGUAUGCGAUUGGAUCUCACGGAGUGAUGUUCGAUCAGCUGUUCUUUUCUGUCCUGAUAAUGCCUGAACUAGCGAAACGUCAAUAGGUUUUUCUUUGCCUCCAUUUUGGACAAAUAAGCCUGUAUGGUUUGAUAUUUUUCCAAUAAUAAUCUAACAUUUAUGUUUCUGUCUCUUGGUUAUUUUGUUAAUAAUUUAUAAAAAUAUUAACACCACAUCUCGAGCGUUUGUGAUUAUUAUUGCCGACGUUUCAACCCAAACAUGAUCAACCCGUUUGAACCCCAAUUCACGUAUCAACCUGAAUCAUUCCCUAAUGAUGGCCCACAUGUUUGGGUUCAAACGUCGGCACUAAUAAAAACUUUCUAAUGACUGCCACACAUUUAUCACCAUGAUGUGUUGAACAGUCGACUAACUUCAAUAAUACAUCGUGGGCCAUAUAUCAUAAAAUUGAACCACAAAUUUGAUUUAAUUAAUGCAGAAAUUUUAAUUAUUGAAAAACAUCAUAUAGAAGAAUAAUGGAAGUUCUAGAUAUUACUAAAAAUAUAGAACAUACGAUCAAUUUUAAAACAGAAAUAAACAAUCUUAAAAACUAAGAAGUUCUUAAUAGAAUAAUUUUAUAUAUAUACAUAAACUGUAUAACUUGUAAAUACAUAUGCAUGUAAUAACUGUAAUUAUAUCUUAGAAUAAUAUUGAAACCCCUCCCCCCACAAAAAAAAUGUAGAUAACAAUAAGUAGUCUAUUGUUCUAAGUAAUUAAGAAAAUAAUAUUUGUAAAUAAUUUAUGUAACAUUAAAUGGUUGAUUUCUUUGUUUGUUGUUAUCAAUAGAUAA